AUGAGGUUUGCAAUGAUCUGCCAGAAGGCACGGGUUGAAGACCCAGCUGCACAGUUAAAGUUAAAAUCUUUACUGUUAAAAUCUUUCCUCUUCAUUAGCUUGGGGCCCAUACCAUGCGAAGCCUGUCGUGCUGAGGGUAUAUUUGAAGAGGCAACAUCUAUGCUCAAUAUUGCAGUGGCAUUUCCUGAUAAUGCUGCACGAAGGGAAAUUGAUAGCUUGCCAGCCAAAUGCCCAAAUGAUGGAUGUAGUUGGUCUGGAACACUGAAAGAGUAUGAGGGUCAACAUGAAGGUCGUUGUGACUUUGAACGUGUCAAAUGUGAAGCAUGUCAAGCACUCAUCUUGGUCAGUGAGAAAGACCGCCACAAUGAGCGGGAAUGCGAGGCCAGAACCCUGAACUGCAAAUACUGCAAGGUCACAUUCAUCUUCAAAGAAAUUAAGGCACAUGAUGAAAUAUGUCAGAAAUUCCCCAUGCAAUGCAAAGACUGUGGUAAAAAGAAAAUCCCCAGAGAGAAGUUUCAAGAGCACAUCAAGUCUUGUGCAAAGUCUAAGUCAGCAUGCCAGUUCAGUGAAAUUGGCUGCAGGGCGGUGGUUGACAGUGGUAAGCAGCAGGAGCAUGAGCAGACCAGCAUGACGGAACAUUUGCGUCUCAUGCUAGCCGUGCUGUCCUCUGUGCGCCAGCGGGCAGAGGGGACAGGAGAGUGGCAGGAAGAUUCUGGACUGGGAUUGUAUCGUGGACCUGAAGAUGCAUCUCCAUUGGGGGCUCAUGCUGCUGGCCAUAAUGCAGGAAGAGGAGGCGGUCCUGGUGUACAGCAGAAAGUCACAGCAUUGGAGAACAUAGUGUGUGUGUUGAACAGGGAGGUGGAGCGAUCGGCCCUCACCCUGGAGGCACUAUCCCGUCAACAUCGGUUUGACCAGGAAAAGAUAGAAAGCUUGUCAAACAAGGUGCGACAGCUAGAACGGACUUUAACCAUGCGAGAUCUGCAGUUAGCAGAAUCUGAACAGUCCUUGCGGGAGCUGCAGUUUUGUACAUACGAUGGAGUUUUCAUUUGGAAAAUUGCAGACUUCUCUCGUCGCAGACAAGACGCAGUGGGGGGCCGGGCACCUGCCAUGUUCUCACCUGCGUUCUACUCCAGUAAAUAUGGGUAUAAGAUGUGUCUGAGACUUUACCUGAAUGGUGACGGCACAGGCCGGGGCACUCAUCUGUCUCUAUUUUUUGUGGUCAUGAGGGGCAAAUAUGAUGCCUUGCUGAAGUGGCCCUUUAGCCAGAAGGUGACAUUGAUGUUGUUGGACCAGAACAACAGAGAGCACAUCAUUGAUGCCUUUAGGCCUGACGUGAGCUCCACAUCCUUCCAGAGACCCAUCAGUGAGAUGAACAUAGCCAGUGGUUGUCCUCUCUUCUGCCCUCUAGCCAAGCUGGCAGGCAAAAGCUCAUAUCUGAGAGAUGACACCAUAUUUAUUAAAGCCAUAGUUGACCUCACUGGCUUAUAAAGCUCUGGAAUUACUCAUAAUAAUAAUAAUUUAUGAUAUUAUUAUUAUUAUUAUUAAUAAUAUUAUUAUUAUUAUUAUUAUUAUUAUUAUUAUUAUUAUUAUUAUAUCUCAGCUGCGGAAGCCAAACAAUUUUAAGUAUUAGAUAAAUUAUAACAUUAUAUUUAUAUAUUGAUUUAUUUGGAGAAAUAUAAACUCAAUUAUAGCAAUAUUAAUAUGUGCAUGUAUGGAGUGGAUGUGCUCAGACUUCCACUCCUGUAAUUGCACUAUUUUGGUAUAACUCAAUGUUUAAAACACAAUAUAUAUUUAUUAUAAUACAUAUUUAUAUAAUACACAUUAGUACACAUUAUAUUUGAAUAAUUUAACAAUACCUACAUUUAGUAUUGUAUACAAUACAAAAAUAUAACUUAUGUUACGUGACCUUAAGGUUUGGCAGUUUUAUGCAUUUACUGUACUUGUAGCAGUAUUUAUCAUGCUGUUAAAUAUGGGAUUUCAUCAGGAUGCUAAAUACAUCUUUGAGCACAUUUAGAGGCUUGAACACUUUUGCUAGAAGUAUAGUGUAAGUAUAUAAAUAGCUAUCUAAGUCACCAGAACCUGUGAAACCUAUUAGAAACGCUGUGUAAAUCAAUCAGCUUAUAGGAAUGAAUUAUUGUGUUGAUUGUUCUUUUAAACAAGCUCUUGGAUACAGCAUGUGCACAAGGCUGCAAUAUUUACAAGACCGAAACCUUAGCAGGACUGAAAAUAAAUCUCGAUUAACCAGUGCUUCGAUUCACUUAAUAACUGGCCCAUUUGUAAACAUCAUCUGAUCUUGGGUCCGGCUUUUUGUUUGGGCUUGAGCAUUAAAUGGCUUCAUGGUUUAAGAGAUAUAGAUGUUUAAUUCGCUUCAAACCCUUAUAAAAGGUACCAGAAUUUUUCUGUAACAUCAUUAUACACUAGGUUAGCAUGUCUUAUGAUUCAAAGGGUGAAUUAGAUGCAGUAUAAAUCCUGCUGCUGGUAGAUAACACUCCAAAUAAUUGUUACUUUUAAUAUUGGAAACAUAGUUGUUUUGGUGGAAAAGAGGAAAAAGAAAAAUGUGAGAAAAAAAAUCUGAUAAAUAUGUUACACUUUUUAAAAUCAAAUUAUUUACUAUUCAGCUGUCAUGUAUUGAUUUGUUUUUUAUCUAUCAAUUAUAUAGCAAAUCCUUAAAGUGAGUAUUUUUAGUAUUUGUUUAGAUAUCAAUGUUUUAUUAGCAUGAAUUUACACCGUACUAGCGAGCUGUAAUACAAUGUGUGGCAAAAUUGCUUGUUUCUUUUCCUGUCAUAUGAACAGUGUCGUGUUCAGUAUCUAAUGACUCUUAUAUAUUCAGUGGUGUCUAUGAUUUGUUUGAAAUGCUAUAUAUCAAUUUGUAACAUCAAUAAACUGCUUAUGAUAUGUUC